UUUUCAUACGGAAAUUAAACUCUUUAUCUAUUAUGUGUAUUUUUACUACGUAUGUAUCAGCUGUUUGAAGGAUAUUAAGAUCUGAAAUUUACAAGACAUUAAAAUGGACACGGCUAGUGGAAAUGGAAUACAUGAUAUAAGUUUAAAUUAUGUUGCUCAGCAACCAUUUGUUCCAAAAUCUUUCAUUCAAAAGAUGAUUGCAUUUUUUACACAGACAACGGUUAUAUAUAUGCAUCCAGAUGUAAAAGUAAUACAAGAAGGAGAAAUCUUACGUGUUUUAGUCAAUAAAGAUAGUGAGGGACAAUCGAAUAUAGAGAUAACGAUACCAUCAAAUGGUAAACUCCAACAUUUUACCAGAACACAAGACAUAACUGAAUUGAAAGUAUUGUUUGGAAGUAUCUUAUCUAGAACAGAAAAUCACGUGAACACACAGAACAGAAUUUUCAAUCAUAAUUCAGAUCUAGAAUUAGGAAACCAGGCCUGUUUUACUAAAAAGGAUUAUCCACAUUUUGAAACUUCAAAGAUACCUCCGCGAUUGGACAACACGUAUAUCGAUACAGGAAAUGACUACUCGAAUGAAGAUCAACCUGAUGAAAGUAAGACGCUAUAUCAUCGAGGAUUCCCAGUAGAAUUGGUAUCAUACAGCACAAGGAAAUUUCAUUUAAAUGACACAUCAUCUUUCUUAGAAUCGGUUACGUUUCGAAAGGAAAAUAGAUCUAGGCAAAGAGAAACAUUAAUUCUAUUUCACCUGAAAGGUAUGCUGUAUUCUCCUUCUGCUCUGAUGCAUUUGGAUAUGGAGGAUAUUGAAAUUACAAACUCCAUCGAUAUAUUGUGUAUUUCUGAAACAGAACGUGAACUGCGAGUGGAAGUUUUAACAGGUCUCAAUAGAUAUACGGCCUUCGAGUUCGCAAAACUACUACAGUUUCUUCACAAUGGCCAAAGGGUUAGGAAGUUAAAAGAUCUAAUUCCAUGUUUAAAAUUAGGGGAUCCGAAAAAAGACGAUCCGGUAUUUCUUGAACGUGUCAAAACAGAGAACGAGGGAUACAUUAAAACAUGUUUCAGUCUUAAACAAGAUUUAUAUGGUAACCACAGUCAAACAAGCAAAAAUAAGGACAUCGAAGAUACCAUAGCCGAGAAUAUCAAGAAACUCCAACAAGAGAUGAGCAAGGUUCAACAGGAUUUAGAUUUAAACAUGGGCGCAACCAACGGCAAAAUUGUCGGGAAAAAUGCUAAUGCUAAAUGUUUCACUGACAGUAAGUGGACUGACCGCAAACAAGUGGGAAACAUCAAAGUAAGAACACAAUCAGACCGUCCAACAUGGACAAUAUGUUUACAAAAUCCGGAAGAUGAAACUGAAGGGGUAGUGAGUGGAUAUCUUGGAGAUCCUAUGAUAAGUCAGGCAAUUUAUGAGUUCUUUGGACAAUAUAUUGACUGUGGAUACACGGGUUCAAUUGAAAGACCACCCAUACCUUGGCCAAGUAUGCAUCCUCUCUUGCCAUACAAAUGCAAAUACCUAGACAACAGAGGAUCUUAAUUUUAUUUUGCGUGGAUUGUUACAUGAACAAGGAAAAAAUGAAACGAAUACAUACAUUCUACUAACUAUAAUAAGUUCAAUAAGGACAGGUUGUUUAUUAACUGUAGUACUGGUCGUCAAAAUGUAAUGUUCAAUUCAACAAAAUACAGUAGUCACUGUGCUAAUAAAUAUGAGAUACAUUGGCUAAUGAAACGCAUUUCUGAAUGUAUAAAGACUACGUAUCUAAAAUAAAUAAUAAUUAUACAUA